AUGGUAGAAAUUACUUGGCUUGGUCUAAGGAAAUGUGGUUGUAUAUCACAGCCAAGGGUAAGAACUUACCAACUACAAGCAGAAUCUUCGACAUAUAAGGAAGGAGAAAGGAACUUAUCAACAUAUUAUUCUGCCCUCACUUCAGUUUGGAAAGAACUAGACUAUUACCAGAAUAUUGAGUGGGAAAGUGAAAAGGAUGCUAAAGCAUAUAAAAAGUUAGUUUCACAACAAAGGGUGUUCGCUUUCCUUCUAGGUUUGAAUCUUGUGUAUGAACCUAUUCGCGUUCAGAUUUUGGACAGCAAGGAUCUUCCAUCUGUCCAAGAGGUUUAUGCACUUGUUCAGUCUGAAGAGAGUAGGAAGUUUGCCAUGAAUCCUCCUGAGGGGGAGACUAUUGUCCUUGCUAUAAGAACUUUCCAUGUGUCUACUGAUAACCUAGAAUCCCCAUGGAUUAUUGAUUUCGAUGCAUCCAACCACAUGACUGGUAAGUCAACCUUAUUUCAAACAUAUUCUCUUUUCUCUAGCAAAGAUAAAGAGAGGCUAGCAUAUGGAUCCUUCUCCUCCAUUGUUGGUCAAGGACCUAUAUCUUUGCCUUUUGGCCUCUCCUUAUCAAAUGAUUUGGCUAUCGGGAAGACAAUUGGUAGAGGGAAAAUGGUGGGUGGUCUCUACGUGCUGGAGAACAAAGUUGGCCUUUCAGUUUCAAAGUCUUUGAAUCCGUCGAGUAAGAAUCUUGUAGCACCACCAUUUAGGCCAUAUGUGUGGGGACCUGUUAAUAUUCUAAUUGAGAAUGGUUACAAGUAUUUUAUUUCCUUUGUUGAUGACUUCUCUCGCUAUACUUGGAUUUAUCCUAUGCAUUCAUGGGAGGUUCUUAAAAUUGUGAAAGACUUUCAACAUAUGGUUUAUACCCAAUUUCAAUCUGAGAUCCGAAUUUUUCAAGCAGAUAAUGCCAAAGAAUAUUUUCAUGGAGACUUUACAGAUUUCUUUGCAUCCUGUGGCUCUCAACAUAGAAGCUCAUGUGUCAGAACCCCACAACAAAAUGGGGUUAUGGAAAGAAAAAAUCGACAUCUCCUAAAAGUUACUCGAGGAUUAAUGUUACAGAUGAAUGUCCCAAAAAGAUUUUGGGUGGAUGUUGUUCUAACUGCUGCCUAUGUCAUCAAUAGAACACCAUCUUGUGUACCGGAUUAUAGGUCCCCUCAUCAACUCCUUUUCCCUAAAGCUCCUAUGUUUUCUACCCCUAUGCGGGUCUUUGGACGUAAGUGUUUUGUUCAUGAUCUCUCUCCUACUCGUGGUAAGCUUGAUCCCAAAGCUAUUGUGGGGAGAGUAGAGUUGAAGAGAAACAGUCAAACUCAAGUUUUGUUGCCCUUUAUUCCUAAUCCUCCUCCUUUUCGUGUCUUUUGGAGAUUGCGCUACAAAAAUCAAUGCCAACAGAGUUCAAUUGCCACAAAGCCACCAGAAAUCAUGCCAGCAAUGCCAUCAGAGUUUCAGGGGUUGCCUUCACCCCACCCAGAUACUAUUGUUCCAGUUGAUGUUCAUGAACCUAUUGAUAUUGACACUUCAAGUUGUGAUCUGAACCUCCCUAUUGCAAAAAGGAAGGGUGUUAGAUCAUGCACCACACAUCAUCGUAUAUCUCAUUUUUUGUCCUAUGAGAAUGUCUCAUCUUCUUUUCGUGCUUUUCUAUCUACCAUUGAUAGUUUUCCCCUUCCCAAGAGUGUUGCAGAGGCCUUACUUGUUUCUGAGUAG